AUGUCUACCACCGCCUUCGCCUCUCCAGCACGCCUUCCGAUGCCUGCUGGCUCCCUCACCCUCCUGUGCAGGCCGUACAAACCCGCCAUUACCCAUCGUCGUCCGCGCCGUCGCUCAACUCCAUACGCAGCCCUCGGCGCCUCCUCAAACCCCCCAGCAGACGAUUCGAACCCCCCUACCCCUCCACCCAAGAAUCGUGAUGCAAACCAACCGUCUGAUUUACCACCCUACGACCCAGGCGCCCCAGGCGCGGCCUCUGUAUCACCGUCCGAUGCCAUAUCGUCGCCGCCCCCAUCCUCGCUGGCAGACUCUCCAUCGUUUGCUGCCCUCCGCGAUCCCGCUAUCACAGUAGAAAUCUUCAAAUCAGUCCCGGCCUCGCUCGUUGACGCUUCUGGAGCCCUACAAAUAAGCGACGGCUCCUUCGGCGCCUCCCCUGUCGUUCCACGCCGUCUCGUCCGUCGAAGACCCACUGGAAAGAAGAAGCUCGACUUUCAAUACCUGCGUCGUCAGCUUGCUGCGGGGUUCGACUCCGGCGUCGGCGCCACUUUGCUGCUCAUGGCGCUUUUCGUUUUGUGGUAUUGGUCGAACACCGUGUUUAACGUCUACAAUAAGCAAGUCCUCAAGGUAUUUCCAUAUCCGCUUACAUGUACAGUGGUGCAGUUUGCCGUUGCAGGAGGCGUCAUGGCCGCGUUUUGGCUCUUUCGGCUGAAGAAGCCGCCAAAGCUCAACGGCUUCUUGCUUCGUUUUGCCACCCCCUUAGCUGUGUUGCAUGCAGCGGGCUUUUUACUCACUAACAUGUCGCUGGGGAAGGUUUCCGUCGCGUUCACGCAUACCGUCAAGAGUACCGAGCCAUUUUUCUCGUUUGCACUCACGCCGUCGAUAUUGGGUGACAUUCCUACGUGGGGAAUUUUGGUCUCUUUGUUUCCCAUCGUCGCAGGUGUCGCUCUCGCGUCGGCUAAUGAAGUGUCGUUCAAUUGGAUCGGCCUUUUUGCUGCGCUCGGUUCUAAUCUUGCCCUGCAGUGGAGGAAUGUUUUGUCCAAGAAGCUGAUGGACACAAGCAGUGGUGAUAGAACUGCCACUGAUCGGAAUGGAAAGGAGAGAAUAGUCACUGAGGAGGAGGAGUCUACGUUAAGUUCGCUUGAUAACGUGAAUUUGUUUUCCACCAUGAGCAUACUGGCUUUCUUCGUUCUCUUGCCUAUCUGCUUUUUUUGGGAGGGCGUACCUCUUGCCGGCGCUGCGGUGAGUCAGGCGACCACGGGGAUCAGCACAACAAGGCUGUACCGAAUGCUCACAGUUGCGGGUGCCUGUCGAUGCCUUGACGUGUUGAGUAGCUACAUGAUUUUGCGGAAAGUCAGCCCUGUGACGCAUUCCGUGGGCAACUGUGUAAAGCGGGCAGUCGUUAUCGCGACAUCUAUCAUCAUUUUCAAGACGAAAGUCAACGCCCUCAAUAUCGCGGGAACGCUUCUGGCGCUCUUUGGUGUGUUUAUGUACUCGAUUAUAGUCUCGGCUUGCAAGCAGAACUCGUUCGGACCGGAUUCACCGUUUUGCAAGCCCAUCUAUGAGCCGGAGCUGGAGCUCACAGAAGGUGGUGGUAUUUAA